UAUACGCUCAGAUACGCGCAAGUACACUGGUUUAGUCUCACCGAAAAUAUGUACACAGAGAAAAUGGUGUUGGGAAUGUUUGUGUCUGUCUAGUUGUGAUUCAAUCAGUCGCGUUGAACACGUUGGUGAUUACGGAAACAAGUUGUGACGAGCCCACAAAAAAAGGCUGGUAAACAAGUAUUGGAAUAAGAACCGUUUUUUUCGUUUGUUGAUGUUCUUCGAUAUUAACUAACAAACACGUGCAUUUUUGCUUACAUCGUGUAUAAUGAAAUGUUUAAACAAUUUUUAAAUUAAUCAUAAAAAAAUUGUGUGUAUAGUUUAUCGAAUACCCAUACCACUCUUUGUGUGUACGAAUAGUGAACAUGUUAUGAAAAAUGUGUGCACACUCUGGCAUCACGUUUUACAACACCGUGUGAUUAGUGGAAUUAACAUUCGAUGUGCAGUGCAUUUAAAUUACAUGGUUUUCUUUCUUGUUAUAACUCAAUUAACAUUUAAUUAAAAUAUAAAAUCGAAAAAGAGAUAUUCGACAACAUUAAUUAGUCAUGGAUUGCAAAAUUGGUUGGAGAUAUAUCAGUGUAGCGUUCACCAUAUUAUCAGUUUUUUGCGACUACAUUGAAAUGGAGGAAUGUGGCCAAGAUGAAUUGGCUGCUUGUUCACGACCACUUCAAGUACUCACGGAAACUUCGGAGCUAUCUUUCGUAACCAAAAAAUCUGAAUUGGAUAAACUUUGCCCUGAUCUACAUGCUGGAUUACAAUGUAUCAGAUCAUAUACACGAAGAUGUAUGAACUUGCAUCAAAGGACACAUUUUAAUAAGCUGUACCAUGGCACCGGCGAAGUGAUACAUGAACUGUGCGAGGAUGGACCUUAUCAGGAAGAUUUCCUCCGGCAUGCGCCAUGUAUGAGACACGUGAAAAGUGAAUAUGAACUGUGUUCGAAGCGAUACCAAAACACCAUGACCCGAAUUUCACAGUCAACUCCGAACGAACAUGAACUGCGACAGCAACAGCAGCAAUAUCACCAACAACAGCAGCAACAAUACUACCAGCAACAGUCACAACAGCAGUAUCAGCAGCAGUAUCAGCAGCAACAGCCACUCAACAAUACUCGGACCGACGAUGAUGGUGCCGAAGGAAUAAGGGCGGUUUGUUGUGCCUUCAAAGAGUACAUUGCCUGCUCGGAAUACACAGUUAAACGGACUUGCGGGAGAGAAGCAGCAUUUUUCACCCGAACGUUUUUGGAUAGAAUUUCGAAUUCAUUAAUGAGGAUGCAUUGCGAAAAUUAUCACUCCGAACCGGGAGAAUGUGGUGAACCAUCUGCAUCAACGAGACAUAUAUUUUCAACAUUGUGUUCAGUAUAUUCGGCGUUAUUUGUGAUAGCACUGCAACGAUUCGUUUUAAACUAAAUUAUUCAAUGGUUUCUAUCGUUAAAUUUUAAGUAAUUAGCAAGUAAAAUACAAAAUCCCAAAUGCUACAUAUAUAUAUAACAGAUUGUGUAGGCUAUUAUAAUGAACUUCUUAGUAGUGUAACAGCUGAAUGAAUUUAAAAAAGACAACUUUUCCGACUCAUCCUUGUUUGUUAGCAACAUUGUUAAUGUUAAGUUAAUUGGUUUAUUUAUAGAACAUUGUUUCGUUGAUUGUAAAAUCGCAAUUCAAUGCUUGAAUAUUGUAAAUAAAAAUUAUAGGAAGUGUCUGAUUUCUCCUUUUUUAAUAAAAAAAAUUGAAUUCAAUU